AUGGAUGAUUAUAUAAACCUUUUAAAUGAAAGUUCUGAUUGUUUAACUUUGAAUUCUGAAAAUUAUAGUUAAUUAGAAAAUAUCUUAUUUGCUAAAUUUAAUAUUAUUAGAUAAAAACAUGAAGAAUUGAAUAAGAAAUACAAGAUGGCAUAAUAGAAUUUUAAAGCUCAAAGAUACUAAAAUUAGUUACUAAAAAAAUAAAUUGUAGAUAUUCAUUCUUAAUUGGAAGAAGAAAAAUAGAAAAACUUUGUAUUGUUAGAUAUAAAUGAGAAAUUGAAAAAGAAAUAUAGAGAUUUAUAAAAUAAAACACAUUUUGUUUAAAAUUCAUUUAUGUAAGAUAGAAUGAAAUUUGAUCAUAAACGAUAGAAUUAAUUUCAAUAAAGUAUAUCAGUAGAUGAAAGUGAUAGGGGUACAACAUAAUAAACUUAUGAAACAAAUGAUGAUUAAUAAAAUGUGACUAAAUUCUUAAAAACUUAAAUGCGAAAGUUAAGGCAGAACAAUUAAUAAAUUGAUGAUUAUUCUCGUCUAUAUAAAAAAAUUAGUGAACAUAAUAAUGAUGACUUUUGA